UUGUUUGUUUGUUUAUUUGUUUGUUUGUUUGUUUGUGAGUGAGUAAGUGUGUGUUCUGUGGCAGUGUGACUGUGUGUGUGCGCUCUCCGAGAUGAAGAUUGAGUUCGCUCCUCUGCGCGUGCCUCUGCGCAGGCGCAUUCAGACGGCCGCGGUGGUCCAGUGGGUCUUCAGCUUCUUGGCUCUGGCUCAGGUGUGUCUGGCCGCGUUCGUGCUGCUGUGUCUCAGUGAUUGGUGGAUGCUCGGAGCGCUGUAUGCUGGUUGGCUGUAUCUGGACCGGGACACGCCCUCAUGUGGAGGUCGGAGGUCACAGUGGGUCAGAAGCUGGAGGAUCUGGAUGCAUUUCAGGGAUUAUUUCCCAAUCACACUGGUCAAGACGGUGGAUCUGGACCCGAGGCACAAUUACCUGCUGGGUUUCCAUCCGCACGGUGUUCUGGUGGCCGGUGGAUUCGGGAACUUCUGCACGGAGGCGUCCGGAUUCUCCCAGAUGUUCCCGGGACUCACGCCGUACCUGCUGAUGCUGCCGUUCUGGUUCAGGGUGCCCUUCUUCAGAGAAUACAUCAUGUGCGGAGGGCUGGUGUCCAGUGAGAAGGCCAGUGCGAGUUACCUGCUGGGUCAUCCAGGCGGGGGUCAAGCGGCCGUCAUUGCAGUGGGCGGAGCUCCGGAGUCUCUGGAGGCGCGGCCUGGAGCACUGACACUGCAACUGCUGCAGCGCAAAGGCUUCAUCAAACUCGCCCUCAAACACGGAGCGUGGCUGGUUCCAGUGUUCUCGUUUGGGGAGAACGAGCUCUUCGACCAGAUGGAGAAUCCCGCAGGCUCCGCCCUCCGCCGCAUGCAGGAACGCCUCCAGAGGAUAAUGGGCGUGGCUUUGCCUCUCUUUCAUGCUAGAGGAGUUUUCCAGUACAGCUUCGGGCUGCUGCCGUACAGGAAACCCAUACACACCGUCG